GCCCGCCGGUGGCUGCUCCCGGCUCGGGGUGCUGAUUAAAUACAGCCGGGGCGGUGGAGUAGGGGAUCGGGAUGGCGCUGGCGGCGGGGAGGAGGCGGCGGCAGGACUUGGAGAACGGCUCCCUGGAAAUAACACAGAGUUUGGAAGAUGAUCCACUACUGGAUGCCCCACUUAUAUCAUCUCAUACAUUGCAUUCCCAACUAAGGCCAAGAUUUCAUGCUAUCCCGGCAGUUCUGCUUGCCAAUUUUCUGUUGCUAAUACAUGUUGCUUUUGUUGUUCUAGCAUUUUUAGCAGCCAUGUUUUGUUCUUACCCCAAUCCAAAUCAGGAUAAAUGCCCUGGAAACUAUACUCACCCACUUAAAGUGCAGACUGUCAUCAUCAUUGCAAAAGUAAUUCUGUGGACUCUGCAUGUUUUUUUUGAACGAUACAUCCAGCACUAUCACAGUAAAGUUAGAAGCAGAGGUUACUUCUCAAUAUACCGAUCCACAAGAUGCCUAAAAAGGCUUCCACUGCUGAUACACUCCACAGGUAAUACAGCCCUGCUUUUGAUUCUGUCAAUGCAGCAUUCCUUUCCUGACCACAGUAAAGUGUACCUGUAUCUUAUCCUGGGAGUCCUGGGCCUGGAACUGAUUAGCUCACUGACAUGCUUAGUGAUUUACACAGUGAAGAUAAGCAACUUCAAUCGUGCCAAGCCAAGACCUGACAUAAUUGAAGAAGAAAAGAUGUAUGCCUACCCAAGUCGCAUUACCUCAGAAAUUGGUUUCAGGGAAAAUUCAAGUUUAGAAGAGAUAGUUGAAAAGCAAGGAGACGUAAUAGAGUAUCUUCAGCGACACAACGCACUGCUCAGCAAGAGACUGUUGGCGCUAACAUCUCAGCAGAUUAAAACUUAACAGAAUUUCCUGCUGGAGCUCUAGAGGGAACAUGAGGUAAUGUAAUAUCCAGACAGAUUUGUACAGAUGACUCUGCUUCAAUCAUGUUUCACGUUUUGAACUAGAAAUGGAAAGAUGAGCUCUGCGUACACUAUAUACCUGUUACAGCUGGACACUCUGGCUCUCCUCAAAUCAUCAGUGCUGAGAAAAAGUUCUGGAGCUUCAUGGAAUUUUUAAUUCCUAACAGGUUAAAGUUGGACCUGGAGUAAGGGUUUAAUGUUGUUCAAUUGUUGCUAUUAUUUUGUACUGCUGUAACCUUUAAGCUUCAAACUACCAAGUAUUUUUAUAUUUUUAGAACACAGAUUUGUUAUCUAGAAAAAUCUGAUGUUGCAAAGGAUGUCUUUCAGUUCCUAGUGCUGAAGCUGAGGCUAGAUGUGGUCUGUCACAGUCUCAUUACUUCUAAUGUUAGAGGUGGUGUACUUCAGUAAUCCUAUACAAGGCAGAUUCUUUCUAGAUCAGACUCCUUUUCUCUUUUUGUCAAGGAGAGGAAUGAAACUGUUGCUUGUGCCAGUGGGGAAAUUUGGCAUCUGAUUUAGGAGUUAAAAAAUAGUGGUAGGUGUCCUAGAAUAGCAGAUUUCACAAGUGUGUGGUACAAAAUAAUGCCAUGAUAAGCAAUAUGAGCAGUUGUUCAGAAUUCUGACUUGAAAACCUGUAAGAGGGAUCUUCAGGGAUGAUGACUUUCCCAUUACUAGGAGUCUGAGUUCAGCUAAUGAUCAACAAGAUUCCUGCCAACUGAACUAACUUAAUACAAAAAUACUUGAGUAAGAUGUUUUGAUGUUGUAACUAACUUGUGUUGAAUGUAUUUAAAGAUCCUGUUAAAGAUGCAUCAGGUACAUCUUUGCUCCUUCUUUUGACUCUUCAAAAAAAAUAUCAGCAUCUUGAUUUAAAGUUAAAUGUAUGUGGGGAGGUGAAAAGCAGCAGAAGACAGGUCUUUCAGAAGUUGAAGAAGCAAGAAUUUUUGGUUCUAUUCAUGGGCUUACUGUGAAUGCAGGUGGAAGAACAGUUCUGUUCUGGGUAUUACUUUUGUCUACCAGUGUAGACCAAGAACUAUUUUAGAAGCCAAUGCCUCUGUGGGGACAGGGUAAUUGCUAAUCAAAACUGAGAAGGCAGCUUUCAUGAGUGGUCUUGUGCUUGAAUGUAAGAAAAACAAAAGAAAAUGAAUCCAUCCUACUGUGUCCUAGAGCACAACUUUGGAAAUAACCAAAUGUUUAAUUAGCAACAAACAUGGGGAUUGUCCCCAUGGAAUACAAUAAAUAUUGGAGGGUUUGCUGCUAUCCAACGCUAGACUGUUCUCUUUAACUGUUUUUUCUAGAAAAUGCAGCCAAGAUUUUAUAGUGUAUCCGUAAGGAAUACAAAUGUGUUUUGUUUUUAGAACUCAAAUUUUGAUGUGAUUGUAUGUAUCAAUUUGUAUGAUUUCUAUGAAAAGCAGUAAAAUGUGACUGUGAAGCUCACGCACAAUAAAUGCAACUAAGGAAGAA